AUGAAGGUGGAGAAGUCGGAGAGACUCACAUGUGUUCGCCGCGAUCAUUGCGCGUCUCUCGGCGAAGUAUCGGGAAAGAUGAAAGGCUAUGACAAAGAGAGACGGGAAAUGAGAGGAGAGAGACAUAAAGUGGAGAGAGAGAGAGACGCUCUUUGUGAAUUUGUGGCGGGAGGAGUGAAUUUGACCCUCUGUGAUCGGAUUGUUGUGCAGAAAGUACCAGGAAACAGGAAUUACAGUGAUAUUUUAGUGACGAAGCAUAAUUUUUACCAAAAUUUACUGAGAAGAACAACUCCCAAGCCAAACCAUUCGCAGAAUUAUCAAUCACAAUCAUGGGAAUUGGUUGCAUUUAAUCCCAAUACUACGGGCGGCAAACACUCAGAAAUCAGCAAUGAAGUUAGUGAAAAUGGGAAUUCUACUGGUGAUCUUUAUUCAUUCAACUGCACUUUGGUUAGUAAAUCCACAACGAAGCUUUUGCCAGUCACACAGCAAAGUUCUGCAAGUUCUUCAACUAAGAGAACACCUCUGAUGCGUUUUACAACAUCUGCAAGACCACCUCUUUUGACGACAAACCAUGCAAAGAGGAAAAAAGUGAUUUAUGUGAAUCCUCCAAUAAUUUCUGCAGUUGAGACUGUUCUGGACAGUGCAUAUGACAUGGUUGAAGACGCUUUGACUACAAAGAAGAGAAUACGAUUGUCAACAGCUUCGCCGAAUGUAAAGAAACGCACUAAAAAGUCUCCAAAUGGGAGUAAAUUGAUAACCACUGAAGUUCACGUCACGAAUGAGUAUGAGCCAAUGACUCAGGCUACGAUUCCAAUCUCCAGUGAUCGUGUUAAGAUCUCUGAGAGUUCUGAAGAAUACUAUGACGAUGACUUUUUGUACUACGACGAGGAGGACGAUGAGGACAGUGAGGAGAGCGAGGAAGAUUCUGGAGAGAGUCCACCUGUGAGGAAUAGACCCACAACGGAGAUCAAUAAGAGACCUGUUCAGGUAAAACCCGUGAAUCAAAACUCACUGGUUACCAAGAAGAAAAAGCAGCGACCUUCCUCAGAUUCUUCCGACGCCUCAGAUUACAGCGAUGAGGAUUAUGAUGAUGAAGAAUAUGAUGAUAAGGACGAUGAGGACUUCUCUUUGGAAGAUACAUUCAAGUACGGCAGUCCUGCCCAGGAGGGAGGAGUUUUUGACUACUUUGGGGAUCUAAUGUCACGUCUCGGGAGCUUCCUGACGUCACUCAUUGGAUUGGGCGGCAGAAGAAAGUGGAAAGAGCCUAGCGGCGUGAGUGCAGCGCCCAGUACAACUCCCAGGACUCGGCGGCCGAAGAGACCGGCCCAGAAUUACUACGAUUUCCACGACAUUUAUGGCUACACAGAUGAGAUAAGGACGCGUAAUAAUCUGGAGAACAAAGAAGAGAGCCACACGACAGACAGUAGUAAAGGUGAUAAAGGAAUGUGGCCAGAUUUGGGGAAUUGGUUUGGAGGAGAUGACUCAACCACAGAGUUUCCAGAGUCAUCAACAAAGUCGAAUCCUUGGUACUUCAAUAUCUUCCCUUCUUCGUCGACAACAACGAGCACAACUGAAAAAUCUACAACGACCACACUGAAUCCUUAUGAUCCUGGAAACUUUAUUGCUCUCUUGGCACAACAUUUGGUCACCACGGAGGCACCUGAGCCUGUAGCUAAUGGAAAUAUUGGCCAGAACUCGGCGAAAAUGGUGGAUUAUAGCAAUUUUCAGCUGUGGAGAUUGAGACCUUCCAAUACCUGGCAAGUGAGGCUUCUCACAAAUCUCAGGGAGUCUUCAGACUGCACGAAGUGUCAGUGGUGGAAAGGUCCAAGUCUUCGUGGCCCAACGGAUUUGGUUGUUCCUCCGGAAUCUUUGGCAUUCAUUGAGGAGACGCUCAAGAGUCAGGGAGUUGUAUUCGAAGUGGUGAUUUCGGAUCUUCAGAAGGCUAUAACUUACUCCAAUCCGAGAAUGACCAGGAGGGAACAGUAUGAGAUAGAAUCUGAACAGGGUCACCCUGUGACUUUCUACAGAUACCACAGAUUUGAUGAUAUUGUGAAAUUUCUCGAGUUUCUGCAGAGAAGCUAUCCUCAGAAUGUUGAAUUGAACCACUUCGGCAGAUCUUCUGAGGGAUUGCCCUUAAUCAUGGCGAAGAUCUUCUCAGGGAGCAACGGCACGAUGGAGCUGAAGAGUGAAAAGAGUGCUAGGAAGCGCUUGGCUGAGAGAAAGUACGCAAAACCAGUGGUUUUGAUCGAGGCAGGGAGUCACGGGAGGGAAUGGAUCGCUCCAGCUGUGGCAAUGUGGAUCCUGAACACUUUGGCUCAGAACAUUGGUCAGGAUACGCCCCUGAGUGAGAUUUACAAAUCAGUGGAUUGGCUGGUGGUUCCUGUGCUUAAUCCUGAUGGAUAUGAAUUCAGCCACACGCACGACAGACUCUGGCGGAAGACAAGAUCAAAGCCAAGACUGGAGAAAGGUGGUUUCUUUUCGAGCAUGUCCUUCUGGAAUUGGUUUCAGGCAGACAACACGGAGGAGAGUCUUAACUGCACGGGCGUUGAUCUCAAUAGAAACUGGAACUAUGAGUGGAGUAAGAAGGGCGUCACUGGGAAGCCCUGUGGGGAUCUCUACAGUGGUCCAAAGGCAUUCUCAGAGCCAGAAAGCAAUGCAUUGCAGAACUUUGUCAUGAAGAAUAACAAGAGAAUCACAGUGUUUCUCUCCCUUCACGCUUAUGGGCAGAUGAUUAGUGUCCCAAAGGAGAUGCGAGGCAGAAGUGAGGACUUGGUGGACAUGGCGUACGUUGCCGCUCAGGCGCUGCAUGGACACAGUAGUCUCAAUAGAUAUCUCGUGGAUGACGCCGAUGAGAUGCUCUUCCCCAGGCCAGGAGCUGCGGACGCUUUCAUGCUGAACAUGGCUGGGAUUCCGUACAGCUACACACUGGAACUGAGGGACACCGGCACUCAUGGCUUCCUCCUGCCGCCGUCCUACAUCGAAGCCACCGCCAGAGACGCCUUCGACAUCAUCAAAGCCAUAGUAGACAAUUUGUAGUCCAGCACAAGACAGAUUGUAAUGACUUUUAAAAUUUGUUUA